AUGGCAUCAACAACCAUACAAGCAAAAUGUGACUUCUGCCAGAAAACCCUAUCGAAGAAAAGCCUUUGGCGCCAUCGAAAGAACUGCCCGAACAAUAAACCACUAGCACCUACGUUUCCUCCGGCUACCUUCAAGCCUGAGCCCUCAAUUACAAUCACAUCUUUCACAGAUAAAGAUCGCAAAGCUGUGGACACACAAGCAUUUAUCCAGACAAUUGAUCGAGCCUGUGUUGUGGAUGAUUCGGCUAUAUCGCAAACUAGCUGCUUACAAGAGCUGCACGAUCUGCUCAGUAAACCAUACACAAAGCCAAUUCUCUGGCGAGGAUUUACCAAACACUACCCACUUCCAGGCACACCUUCCUCAAUAUCUGAAUUCCUAGAGGCCUUGAAACGCUACCAGAUAAAAGAACUUGAUGUCUAUGACUACAUGUCCAACACAGACCUUAACUACAAGGUGUCUCUGGACAAGAUUAUCGAGCACUUUGCAAAGCCACCAGGGUCUGUCCAUCCAUUGAACUUUCUCGACAUUCGAAACUAUUUCGCCUCUGCUAUACCUCCACCUAUUUUCAAGGCAGACAUUCUUCAACUUGCAUGGCGACGACAAGAAGAGUCUGUAUCCAAGUCUAUUCCCCAGAAAUUUCCUCUCGACCAUGCGGAUCGGGAAUUCUACCUUCUCUCUACCCAAGGGUCUGUAUCAACUAUUCACGCUGAUACCGCUGGAGUCCAUACAUUCAUAUCGAUCAUUACUGGUAGUAAAUACUGGUAUAUCCCACGUCAGCUAGGCCUUGUAACUAGCCAAACACUAGCUAGUUUUGGCAGCUCUACCCCUGAGGUUUAUCAAUAUGGCUGGAUUAAGAUCAAGCUUUCUCCUGGUGAUCUUCUCAUUAUGCCGCCUGGCUGCCCCCAUGCAGUCUUUACUCCCGAAAAUACCCUAGCGUUUGGAGGUACCUUUUAUACACUCCCCUCCCUCGGAGAUAGUAUAAGAGCUUUAUCACUUCAAAUCAAGACGGGCGACACAUUCAGUAAUGAAGAUCUCUCCGAGCAGGAUUAUUCAAAUUUUGUCUUGAUGCUUUCCCGGUGUAGAGAUCUUCUUACGCCUACUCAGUCGGCGAGUAUCAGUAUGGGAGCCGACUGGCAAGUACAGGAUGGGAGUGACUGGCAUGCUACAGGGCAAAGAAAUAUACUCAGUCUGGCUGAGGAAAUCAACUGUGACUUAGAGAAAAGAUUCAAUCUCAGUUCGGAAUCGUUGCUACAGUAA